CCCAGUGCACUGUUCGUUAGAUUAUAUUUCACGCUGGCUGAGAUUACUGUGGGAUGUAAUUGAUUGUCACAGUAAUAUUAUCAGUGAUAGACGACAAAUCCAGAUUCAUAAUUAGGAAUUUUUGUCGGCCUUAUAAGAGACUCCACAACUAAAACAUGUCAAAAGACAGAGCGGAUAGUGCAGUGGAGGUGGACGUGUGGGACGACGCCCAGCGCGCCACCUCUCACGACGACGACGAUGACAUCACUGACGACGUGUUCGAAAUGUCGUCGACGUCGGUCAACUCCCACGACAAAGAUAACAAGCACACCAGUAACCCCACCUCUCUACCCCAACAACGGAAGAUGUGUGUGUUCAGCGGGCCUCGAGCUGAGUCACACAAGGAGGAGGGCCAGCGGGGUCGCGUGUUGCUUCACCACCGUCAGAAGGAGCUUCACCACCUCUGGGAUGUUGGCAGCCGACGGUACGCGGGUCAUGUCAGCACCACUAGCAUCAUUACUCGACUUCAUCCUAACUUCUGUGUCAGCACCGCCCAUGAACCUGUACAUCCGCCCACGCCACCCGCAACGCCCACCUUGGUCCUGUCACAGUUGCCAAGUUCGCCUACACUUACAACAGAGGACCACGGUGGGAUGGUGACCCUCCAGUCUCUCAACUGUCGCGGCGACUCGGGCUAUAUUCCCUCCCCCUCCUCCACAAACUCAUUCACCUUCUCCAGUGAUGAAGAUGAACCUAGGGCGGCUGCCGCUUCUCGCCUGGGUGUCACGCCGCCCAUAGACAUCCCGUGUGCCCGUCGACGACCCGCCCAUCAGCUGGCCAUCAAGGAGCAGCGGCACCAGGAAGAAGCCACACCCAAGGCUUCCCCAGUACAAGACUGGACACCCGUACAGCGAGGACGCUUACGUUCCUGCCCUGAGCAGAUAACGCCUUCCGUGCCACUUCGCGCCCCCGUGCUCAGGUUCCCAACCAUCCACGGUCGUCACUGGUCUAACCCGGCCACUACACCCGACGGCCAACCACUCCUGACGGCACCGGCAAUAGACACGAGGACCAACACCUCCAGGGACAGGCUCAUUGAUCUGACGGAGGAGGGAGGUGCCAGUGGAGGACAUCGCAGACGUGUUUUGGUAUUAGCCCUACCAGACCUGAUUGUUGACACAGAAGGGCGUGCCAGUGGUGCCUGCACUCCUCCAUACACCACACCCUCUUCACAGUCUUUUGCUGGGUCCUUUGAAUUCAGUGACACUUUUGAACUGCCCAGAGGAAUACGAGCUCGCCCAGCUUGGCGACGACAUCGAGCCUUAUCUUGUGAUGUGACUUUGGCAGUGGAACUUGGCCAAGAACUAAGGAGAAUUGGAGACAACUUUUCAUCCACGCAUGCUUCUGCCGGUGCAGGAGAAAAUUUCUCUGUAUGGAGGCACCUGCGGAAUAGUUUCUCUUCGUCUCUUCCAUCUUCAGAGUGACAUAGGAGACCACUACAGUGCCAUAAGAGGUUAAAUUUGGAUGUUGAUGGUGCAUACAAGCUCUUACACAUAUUGAAGGAGUUAAAUUCAAAUUUAACAGUUAUAAUAUUCAUUAAUGUUGUACAGUAUAUCACUUUGCCUAAGUACACAAUACCACAGUGUCUUGUAUUCAUGCCUUACUCGUUCCAUUUUAUAUUUUGUAGACUGCAGUACAGUACAGUAUAUGCACUUUAAUUCUAACUAAUAAACCCCCUUUGAUCAAGAGAUCUUAAAUCUUUUUAAGUUGUACAUGCCGAAUAAUAAUAAGUUGAGUUUAGCAGUGGAAUAAAAACAAAUAGCACAUGCAAAAUAUCUCUUUCACCUGAUAAAAUAUCUAAUAUAUGACUUAGGCUCAGUUGUUAUUUAAUUUUAGAGUGUAUAUCGGGAUUGUAGAAUAAAGUCAUAGAUACUUAUCUGCAAGCAUUUCAUUGACUGUAAUAGAGGUAAAAUGGACUCCCAACCUAACCAAACCAGUAUGAUUUGAUCCCCUUUGGACUUCUGGUCCAUUAAGACAGUCCCAAAUCCUCAUGGUGUAGGUUAGUUUGGGAUCCAGUACGACCGGGACCCAUUUGACCAGUCAUUGCUGAAACAUGAAGGAUCACUCACCUUGGCUGCCACACUCAAUAAGGUUAUUCUAUUUCUUUCUGUCACUCCAUAGGUUGAUAGGCAAACUAUCCAUGCUCAAUCUUCAAAGAGUAAGAUAUACCCUGGUAUUGUUCACCAUUAAUGUCUCAAAAUACCCUGGUAUUGUUCACCAUUAAUGUCUCAAAAUACCCUGGUAUUGUUCACCAUUGUCUCAAAAUACCCUGGUAUUGUUCACCAUUAAUGUCUCAAAAUACCCUGGUAUUAUUCACCAUUAAUGUCUCAAAAUACCCUGGUAUUAUUCACCAUUAAUGUCUCAAAAUACCCUGGUAUUAUUCACCAUUAAUGUCUCAAAAUACCCUGGUAUUGUUCACCAUUAAUGUCUCAAAAUACCCUGGUAUUAUUCACCAUUAAUGUCUCAAAAUACCCUGGUAUUAUUCACCAUUAAUGUCUCAAAAUACCCUGGUAUUGUUCACCAUUAAUGUCUCAAAAUACCCUGGUAUUGUUCACCAUCAAUGUCUCAAAAUACCCUGGUAUUGUUCACCAAUGUCUCAAAAUACCCUGGUAUUGUUCACCAUUAAUGUCUCAAAAUACCCUGGUAUUGUUCACCAUUAAUGUCUCAAAAUACCCUGGUAUUGUUCACCAUUAAUGUCUCAAAAUACCCUGGUAUCAGACCUUUACUUGUAAUAUCCUCAUGUCUUGAUGAAAUAACAAUAGGUGUAAGACAUCUCAUAAUGAUGUACAGUAUCAUAGCAAAGUGGUUAAGUUUGUAGGAUUAUUGUACUUGUUGAAGAAACUUU